AUGAUUGGUAUGUGUGGGCUCUCUUCCAUAGCUAUCCUCGCCCUCUGGCUGCCAGGAACACUCGUGAACCCAGGUUCUGCCGCAAUAUAUAUAGUCUUCUGCCUUUUAUACGGCUUCUUCUCAGGUGCCUUUGUCGGCAUGGUGCCUGCACUCCUCAGCCAAGUCUCCCCUGAUGUGAGCAAGAUUGGAGUUCGCCAGGGUGUGUUAUUCACUUGUGUCAGUGUUGCAACACUCACUGGUAACCCAAUUGCAGGAGCAAUCUUAAACCAGCAGAAUGGGGCAUACUGGGGCCUGCAGGUUUUUGCUGGGUUGAUGAUGGCCGGAUGCGUGGUCUUUUACAUCGUCGCAAGAGUUGUUACGGGCGGGUUCUCUUUUAUCAAGGCAGUGUGA